UUAAGUUGGCAGCACAAUUUAUUUGCACAACUCUAAAUGUUUUUCUAUAUUUUUAAUAUUUAAUUAACAAGAGGACAAGAAGGCAUGCUAAGAAGGAUGAGCACUUAUAGUGGUCAGAAACUGGCGACAGUGGUCAAGGAGCUGGAGAGCUUUGCGCCGAUUUCGUGGGCGGAGAAGUGGGACAACGUAGGGCUCCUGAUUGAACCGCACCGGGAGAAGCAAAUCAAGAGAAUCCUAUUAACCAACGAUUUAACCGAGCCCGUGAUGAGCGAGGCGCUGGCGAAGGACGUGCAGCUCAUAAUCAGCUAUCAUCCGCCGAUUUUCAAGCCGCUGACAAGGAUUACGCAGUCGAACUGGAAGGAGCGCGUGGUGGCAGCCUGCUUGGCCAAUGAUAUCGCUUUGUAUUCGCCCCACACGGCGUGGGAUAAAACUUGUGGCGGAGUCAACGAUUGGCUAUCGCAGGCUGUGAACAAGAUCAUCAGUAUCCGCCCCCUGGAACCGGAGCUGGGAGCUCCACCGGGCACCGGGUCUGGCAGAUAUAUAGAAACCAAUAUGGAGCUCUCCCAGCUGGUGGAAUCCCUGCAGAAGCACAUCGAAAGCAGCGUACACAUUGCCUUGGCUGUGAGCCACCAGCCCAAGACCAUCAUCCAAUCUGUGGGCAUUUGUGCCGGCUCCGGAGGAUCCCUGCUCAAGGGCAUCAAAGCGGAUCUCAUCAUCACCGGCGAAAUGUCACAUCACGAACUGUUGGACUUCACCCACAAUAACACCACCGUGCUGCUCUGCAAUCACAGCAAUUCGGAAAGGGGUUUCCUUAAGGUUUUCUCUGCCAAACUUGGCGAAUCCCUGAAAGGAGCUUGUGAGAUCUUGGUGUCUGAAACGGACAAGGAUCCUUUGGUCACCGUGGCGAAGGAUGUAAAUGAGGAACAAAGCAUUUUUGUUGACUGCUACAAACAAUAAACUAAAGCAUUUAAAUUGCUGGCAA